GCUUGAAAAUGGCCCAGAUUGCUAAGAUCUCACAGCAGGUGCAGCUGAAGUGUUGUGGUCACAAGUUCUAUGAGUUCUUUAAGAACAAAAUGGAAUGUGUUUUUCAAAUGUUCCCUGAAAUUUGUUGUAGCUGGAAGGUUUUGGAAGGAAAUGAGUUUUCUCAUGUUAGAGUCAUCCACUUAAAAUAUGUCGUAGGAAGCCCAAAAGAAGGAAAGACGAAGGUAACUGUCGAUGAUGCGAACAAAUCAAUAACAUUCGAGUGCGUGGAAGGAGAUGUAUUAAGAGAUUUUGAAGUAUUUCAAAUGAAAAUUGAAGUUGUUGAGAAUGGUAGCAAUGGGAGCUCAGCUAAUUGGUCCGUGGAGUAUGUGAAGGCAAACGAAGAUGUGGCUCCACCAUAUAACUAUCUUCUAUGUGGAGCAAAAGUCAGCAAAGGCCUUGAUGAGUACCUUUGCAACAGCUGAGCUAAACACCAUCCAUCUGGUUUGGCUAAUCAAAUCUAAUCUAAAUAAACUAUCUCCUAAUGUUCUUCUUAUCUUGUGUGCUUUUAAAGCUUAAUUGCAAGAAAUAAUAAUGGUGAUCUAUGAUGCCUUCUUCUA